GGUUAUUCAAUCCAUGUCGAGGACACUGGCGAGACUUCUUAUCGCACUCUUGAUCCUUUUCCAAGCCUCUCUGUGCAUGAGCCAUGGGGAGGCUGAAUUGAAGGGCAUGUUUGUGUUUGGGAGCUCUUUGGUCGACAAUGGGAAUAAUAACUUCUUGAGGAAUUCUACUGCGAGGGCCGACUACCCACCAUAUGGCAUAGACUUCCCUCUGGGGCCCUCCGGCAGGUUUUCCAACGGGAGGAAUCCAAUAGACGUUCUCGGAGAGCUUCUGAAGCUUCCAAGCCUGAUUCCGCCAUUCGCCGAUCCGAGAACCAGAGGACGUAGGAUUGCCCAUGGCGUCAACUACGCCUCUGGUGGCUCAGGGAUACUAGACCAGACCGGGUCUAUCACCGGUGAGGUGAUGAGCUUGAACCAACAAAUAAGGAACUUCAAGAUUAGGACACUGCCAGAUUUGGAAGCCCAACUUGGACUCAGCGGCCACCGAGGGGCCAACAAACACUACCUCUCCAAGUAUCUGUUUGUGGUGGGAACCGGUGGAAAUGAUUAUUUACUGAAUUACUUCAUGCCCGGCGAAAAGAAGAGAGUUACCCUGCAACAAUUCACCAAAUGUCUCAUCUCUACCCUGUCAGGCCAGCUCAAGAUGCUCUAUGAUCUUGGAGCAAGAAAAUUCUUGCUAUUCUCUAUUCAAACCAUGGGUUGUGUGCCUGUAGUGAGGUCAAAUUCAGGUAUGACCAACGGAAGCUGCGUCGAGGCCAUGAACAAAGCUGCUCUUCUCUUCAACUGCCACCUAAAGUCUCUGGUCAAAUCCACGAAAACCCUGCAGAUGCCGGGCUCCAAAAUGAUCUAUAUUAAUUCAUACAAGAUUAUGAGAGAUAUCAUCAGCAAUCCCACUCAGAACGGAUUCUCUGAUGCAAGAAAAGCCUGCUGCGAAUUGGUGUCGAAGAGGGAAGGAGGAAAUGGAAUACUUUGCCGAAAAGGAGGACGUGCAUGCCGCCAUCGGGCCGCCCACGUAUUCUUUGAUGGGCUUCAUCCAACCGAUGCCGUCAACGUGAGGAUCGCACAGAAGGCUUACGGCUCGAAUCUGAAGGCAGAAGCAUAUCCUAUCAACGUGAAACAAUUGGCUUGGUCUCCGUAAACCGAAUAAGAUGAAGCAUUCAGGUAGUGUCGUCAGUAGGUGUGCGUGUGUGUGUUUGUGUUUUUUUGUGUUUGUGUAGGCAGCGAAAAGAAGUGGAUUUCUCUAGGAUGGUGUUACGCAAACCGCUUCCUUGUGUAAAUAAGUUGUUCUAGAAUCAGUCUCAUCUCGGUCUGAUGGUUAACUCCCUUUGUUAAUUGAGUUGCUGCAUGGUGGUAGUUCUUAUCUUUUGUAAUGGAAUUAUAUGUACAUGGUUUGGUAGUACAUGAAGUGUGACUUUGUCAGUC